GGCGAGCUACGGGUGGGGCCCCCCCUGCUCUCCAAAAAGAAGAAGAAGAAGAAGGUCUCCCGCCCGCUCGCUCUUCUGCAAGGAAGGUAAUCCAGGCCAGCAGGAGGACGGGGCGCGGGCCGGGGCCAAAGCAAAUCCAGGCCACCCGCACGGCACAAAUCCUCCAGGGGAGAGAGACGGGGUCGAAGGUGGCGCCUCCUUCGCCGGGCUCCGCUCCGCUCCUCGGCGCGUCCGAGUCCCCUUGGGAAGAGGCAGGCUUUCUUGCUCCAAAGCGCGACCCUGCAGCGGCGGCAGCAGCGGCGACGGCGGGCAGACGACGCGGAAGAAGAGCUUGGAAGAGGCCUCCCCCUCUCUUUGCCCGCGACCUUUCUCUUCCCAGUUCUCCCCCCGCAGCUCUGUCCUUAUUAACAGCGGAGGUUGCGCUCCGAGGAGGAGCCUGCGCCGCCGCCGCCGCCGCCACUUCUCCUCCUCCCUCCUCCGCCUCCUCUCGAAGUCCUGAAACGUACAAACGGAAACUGCGACUCGUCGACUUCCGACGACCCAGCAGCGACAGCGAGGCGAGCAGAGAAACGCAGGCGCAGCCCGCCGCGGCGGCGGAGCUCCUCCGGCUGAGCUGCCUCCCGACCGCGCAGUUGCCUCCGCCGCCGAGGCGAAACGCGUAGUAGGAAGGAUCCAUGUCUGCAGUUUGGCUACAAAUUGGACAGUGUGGCAACCAGAUUGGACAGGAAUGGUGUCAAAUCAUCACCAGUGCAAAUAAAAAAGAAGCUGACAUGUACCCAUUCUACUCCCGCGAUGGGAAGCUAAGCGUCAUCUGUGUGGACAGUGAGCAAAAAGUGGUGAGGAAGCUCCAGAAGCAAAUCCGAAGUGGAGCACUCAGAGAGUCCAAUCUCAUCCUGGGGAAGCAAGGAAGAGGCAACAACUGGGCUUACGGGUAUCAUGACAUCGGUUUGGAGAGUGAGCACAGCCUGUUCAAGAGGACAAUGGAGAGCUUGCGGAAGGAAGCAGAGCGCAGAGACUGCUACUGCGGGACGGUGCUAUUCCACAGCCUCAGUGGGGGGACAGGAAGUGGCCUGAGUUCCCGGUUAUGUGAAGCUAUCAGAGAGGAGUACCCGACCGGUCACAUCCUGUCUGUCUCGGUGGUGCCUCAUCAAGCUGGCGAGAGCCCACUCCAGCACUACAACUCUCUGCUGUGCCUUUCUUGGCUUCAGAGGUAUGCGGACGGCAUCCUUCUGUUUCCCAAUGAUGAGGUUUUGAAGCAGGCUUCGGUCCUGCAGCGGAGGGAUGCACCAGAAGCCUCCUCCCAGGUCUCCUCCUCAGCCAUGAAUGCGUACAUCGCUUCCUGUCUGGCUGGGCUUCUCCAUCCCCUCAAGCUUUUCACAACACAAAGUGGGAUCAGCAUGGGGAUGGAACCCUGGGAGCUGCUGAGAUCCGUCUGCCCUAUGCCAGCCCUCAAAUUCCUGCACACAGCUCAAGCCAGCAUAAGGGGAACGGUGUUUUGGGACAGCUUGGCAUCUUCUGUGGUGCAGCCAGUGCCCCGGCAGUCUCUGGCUGGAAAGCCUCAUCACAGCACAGCUUUGCUUGCUGUGGCUCGCAGUCCCCAGGAAGACGCCUUUCUCUUGAACUCCAGUUCGGUGCUGAAGAAGCUGAAGCAGGCCUACCGCUGUGUGCCAUGGAACCCGUGCCCUGUCACUUUCUGGACAGACUCGGCCAGCCCCGUGACUCCAAGCUGCCACAGCCAUUCCUUGACAGUCUGCGCCAACCACAGCAGCGCGGCUGACCUUCUCCAGAGGGUGGCGCAGCAGACGCGAACCAUGUAUGCCAGCCGGGCCUUCCUGCACUGGUACUGGAGGCACGGCUGUGAGGACGGGGAUUUCGAGCAGGGCUUGGAGACUCUCUGCUCGGUUGUCGAGGACUACCACCAUCUUGGGGACUGAUGCGGAUGGGCCCUCAGGCGGCACCUUCCUGACCUUUCUCAGGAGUGCUCCUAGGAGGACCUCCUCAAAGAAAUCCUGCACGGAUCAUGGCACGGGUGAGCCACACGGACACUGAACAGCGGAGCUCUUCUCAAACCUCCUUACAAUGAAAUAGCUUCACCACACAAAUAUUUUUGGAUUUAUUCCCACCAGGGGACUUCUAAGGCAGGAGGGGGGUCACCUAUAUGAGCUGUGAACAGGAUUGAUACUUUUCUUAGCAGGAAACCUUUAGCAUAAGGGUGGGUCAGGGACUGGUGGACCACAUCUAGCCCUCCAUGGCAGAGGUUCUCGAACUUGGGUCACCAGAUGUUGAUGGACUACAACGCCCAUCAGCCCCAGCCCCAAUGGCCAAAGGCCGUUAUAGUCCAGUAACAUCUGGGGAUCCAACUGUGAUAUCCCCUGCUCUAUGAGAUCAAUCCAGCUGACCAGCAACAUCUGGGACCCAAGUCUGAGAGCCUAUGGCAUAGAAGCAUCCCCAGGAGGAUAUGCCAAAACCACAUUUCCCCACAAGGAAGGUUGGCUUCAGUCUUCAUGCUGGGGGGAGGCUGGAGCCCCUCUCCCCCAGCCAGUGUCUAGAUGGAAGAUUUGUCUUCAGGUGCUCUGGUAAGCAUGCAGGGGUCUAUGCCUGACCCGGGGAGAUGAGGUGGGCAGUGCCAACUUGUCUUCAAGACCAAUCACUCCCACAUACAAUCAGUUUAUUACAGCAGGACAAGGCGGUGAACACAGGGCAAGCAGGGGGCUAGUUUCAGUUUAGAAGAAUCUGUCCCAUUUGCCAGUUUUCAAAGUGUCACACCGACCAGCCCCUUCCCACUGGGUAGUUCUGGAUUUGUUUCAAUUAUCUGUGAAAGCACCUAAAUGAAGGCGACCACCAACAGGGAUUCCCAGAUGUUGCUGACUACAACUCCCAGUAUCCCCAGCUAUAAUGGCUUUUGCUUGGGGAUUCUGGGAGUUGUAGUCAAUAGCAUCUGGGAAUCCAUUAGGGAGAACACUGGUGACCACCAUCUGAUUAUCCCUUUGUGAAGAGGAUCAGGUGGGCCACAACAGCCCCUUUCCCCUCCCUCUCUUCCACCUAUCUGGAUUUUGUGGACGGGACGCAUCAACUUCCUCCCCCACUUUUAGUAACCUCUGUUUUACCUUACCACCCAAUUACCUAUCUCUGUUAAUACCAUUUGGUGAAAUGAGGCUUGUACAGCGUUUCGGCAACAAUAAUACCACGUAUCCCCAGAUAUUUAUUUUUCUGUGGUUCUCUCCUGUAAAUAAAUGUAUUUUGAACUGCA